AUGAGCGGCGUGGUCACGGAAAGUGCAGACGAAGAGCUGGGUGGUGAUAAGGCCGAUUGCUCUAGCAGCCCUACGGACGUCCAAAUACUCAGCGACAUCAGCAAGCGCGUCCAAGUGAAGGAGAAUGCCAUUCACUUCGCACUCGAUAUACUCAAGCGCCAGAGACUCAUGCUCGGGAAACUUGCCUCUACUGACAUCAGCGACAUAGCUGACUGGCCCGAGAGAUCAGAUGCAGUCAAACUCGAAAGAUCCGCCUUGAAACGAGAAUGGCUUGUAGGUCUCACCGGCGACACAGGGGCUGGCAAGAGCACAGCCACCAACGCGAUGCUCGGAUACGACAUCUCCCCCACCAAUAGUUCCGACGCUUGCACCGCUGCCCCUUGCAUCUACUCUUACAACCAUUCUGAUGACCCCGAGAAGGUCUUUCACGCUAUCAUCACUUUCAAGAGUACAGAAUCAAUUGCGCAUGACCUUGAGCUGUUACAGGAGGAGCUGUCAGAUAUCGCACACAGCACCCGGGAGCAGGGUGGGCUUGUGCAAGCAGAGACAGUCAGUCGACUGAACCAGGCCCAGAAACAAGUAAAGAGCGUGCAAAACUGGUCGGGUUUGACCGAGAAUGAAAUCAAGUGCGACGCGCCGAGCAAAAUCAUACUCGAAGCAAAAAAGAAGACGGUGCCUUUCCUGGACACCAAGAACCGCACCAAGAAACACAAGUUACAGAUCAACGAUUCGAAUUUAAAACGGUUCCGCAAGACUUUAAAGCCAUACAUUGACAGCUCCGGUCGCAGCCGUGGCAUCGUCCAACAUUGGCCCUUGGUGCAACAGGUGGAGAUACAACUCAAAUCCGAUGUCCUACGGCACGGGAUCAAGCUCGUUGACCUUCCAGGAGUUGCUGACUCUCUCGAGUCGCGCGCAGCCGUGGCCAAGGACUUUUUCGAACGACUCGACAAGCUGAUCGUUGUUGUGCACGCUGUUCGAGCUGCUGACAAUAAAGCCGGCUCCGACGCUAUGCUUAUGCCCGCCACUUUAUCCAUGGAUAUGGGGCUGGACGGAAGGUUCGAACCAGACUCUCUUGCUGUCAUUGUCACCAAGGUUGAUGAUAUCAACCCGAAGAACGCCGAGAAUGACUUUCCUGAUGAUGAAAUCAUCAUGGCAGCAGUCAGCACCUUGGAGGCCGAAAAUGAAGAGCUUGCCAAUCUAGAGGAACUGAUUUCUAGGCAGCGCGAAAUAAUCGAUGACCAUGACGAGGAAGAGAGCGAAACAGAAGUCAGGAGCCCGCUGAAGAAACGACCCCAUCCCACUACAACCACCCUAGCAGCGGAGGAAUCACGCCUAGCAGGGAUGAGACACAAAAGAGAUGUCAAAAAGAGAGGCGUAGAAAGCCUGACGUCGCAGCUCAAGCGCUCCUGCAUACAUGCUCGCAACCUCAAAGUCAAGCAGGCCGUGGGUCAGAACUUGAGUGACAUAAAAGCUCAGGUUAAUCCUACAGCAGUACCAGUGGUUGGCGAGUUCGAAUCGAGCGUUCUGCCUAUCAGCGCUUCCGCCUUUCUUGACAUCGAGGCCGGCGACUCUGUCAUUGGCUUCUCUGAUGCCAACGACACAGGCAUUCCCGCACUCAGAGACUGGUUGACGCGUGCGUACUUGCCCAAAAGGGACAUGAGCGCUGACGACGAUAUCCUCGAUGCUCGAGCCUUGUUGGACGCUCUUGAUAGCUGGUCGUUGAAUGAAAGUGCGGCGCGCCUGAGGAUUUCGACCGAAGAGGGGAAAGAGAUCAAACGUUUGCUCGACCAAAAGUUGAACCACUUGAUACAGACACUCAAAACCCCUCUGGCAUGUUUCGCCAGAAGCCUGAGCAACUUGAAGCCUCUCCGAAACACUACAAUAGCCUGUGCCGCACGCUCUGAGAAGGGCGACGAAGCUCCUACGCAGCGCGCUUGCGAGAGCGCGCUGCAUGCCCAAGAACAGUGGGAAAAUAAAAGGCCUUCGGUUUACGUUUCUCACCCAGAAAGAAACGAAAAGGUUUCGUAUAUGACCUACAAGGCAUGCGUCAGGAGGGGCGGCCGCGAAUGGACAACUUCAGCAAAGCCUCGAAUGACAUAUAACUGGAUGUCGUCCGUAUUCUGGCAAGAAGCCUUCUUCCAGAGACUACCAAAGAUAAUCAACGAUGCCGAGAGUCGCAAUACGAGGAUUUUCAACCAGUAUAUCACUGAUCUCGUCACCGACGAGGAAAUUCCAGCAGUAUUUCGCGACCUCCUCCGGCGUCGUGUCCCCUCGCUGCAUACCCAGAGAGACGUCUUUCUCCAAGAAGCCCGAAGCACUGGCAACGACUUUCGUAACGAUGCCCUGCGUCUUAAGCCUCGCGUCUCUGACAUCUUCACUAAUUACAUGGCUCCAGUCUUUGCGAAGGCUUUCUCAAUCACAGGUGUGGGAGCUUUCGCUGAGCAAAGAAAGGUCGUAAAAGAACAAUUCAAGCGCAAACUACCUGAGAUGCUCCAGGACGCUCGGAACUUUAUCGAGGAAGAGCUCGUUUCAAGCAAGACGGAGCGUGUGAACAAGCUGCGAGGGUCAAUUUUUACGCCCAACAGCAAGCCCGGGACUCGUCUCAAUGAGCUGGACAAGAUCUUCAAGAACCUGCUACGGGAUGCGCGUGCCCCCGCGAGCAAGAUCGCAGGUAGAUCUCAAGGCACGCAAUCGGAGGCUGUCACGGCGGCCAAAGAAACGAUCCGCGCCGCACUCGACGAAUGGCAUGAAUACUGGCAGCCCAUCGAACAAGCGCUACCAAAGCGGCCGACAAGUACGAUUUCUGACGAUAGCGAGAACGAGGAGGAGGAGGAGGAGCUCAAAACUCCGGACAAGAAGAAGAUCGCAGGCGGCAAAGCGAAACCGAAGGCAAAGCCAAAGGCUAAUAGAGCGCCACCGAAGCCCAAGGCCACGCCGAGGCCCAGGGGUUCUUCCAAGACCAACGUCAAGGCUCUGCCGCAAUCGAAAAUAGUCAAGGCCAAGGCUCAGCCUCGCAGCAUGUCAGUGGUCAAGACGGAAGAAGAUGACGAGAUGCAUACUGGUGGAACCAUGGCUGCUGACGAUGCGCCACACACUGGAGGCCCACCAGCUAGCAGGCAACAGAUAGGGGCUAUGAUGGCGGCUGUCACAGCGGAGACUGAAUCAUUGCCCGGGGAUAGGCAGGGCAAUUCCGCCAAAUAG